GCGCCACCUUACUAGCAAUAAAAGCGCUCCGGAAACUGGAUGGCCAAGAAAGAAAAUAUUUUUUCACACGAAUAAAUUUAACGAAUUAUCUUAUCAGUAUUAAAUAUACUUUGGAAGAGAAAAUAAUUUUUUAUUUUUUGAUAAAUAGUGUAUGAAAAUGGCAACUGAUAAUAGAAGACAUGUUGCAUUAAUUACUGGUAUUACUGGACAAGAUGGUUCCUAUUUAGCAGAAUUUUUAUUAGAAAAAGGAUAUGAUGUACAUGGUAUAAUUAGACGAGCUAGUUCUUUUAAUACUGCUCGAAUUCAACACCUUUAUGAGGAUCCAAAAUGUCAUCGUCAAGGCAAAAUGAAGUUACAUUAUGGUGAUAUGACAGAUUCCAGUAGUUUAAUUAAAGUAAUUAGUUCUGUACAGCCAACAGAAAUUUAUAAUCUUGCUGCUCAAAGUCAUGUUAUGGUAAGUUUUGAAGUAAGUGAGUAUACUGCUGAAGUAGAUGCAGUAGGAACAGUUAGAUUAUUAGAUGCAAUACGUACCUGUGGCCUUGAAAAAUCUGUUAAAUUUUACCAUGCAUCAACAUCUGAACUUUAUGGCAGGGUAACUCAAGUACCUCAAAAUGAAAAAACUCCAUUUUAUCCUCGUUCACCAUAUGCUUGUGCAAAAUUAUAUAGUUUUUGGAUUGUAAUAAAUUAUAGAGAAGCAUAUAAUAUGUUUGCUUGUAAUGGUAUUUUAUUUAAUCAUGAAAGUCCUCGUAGAGGAGAGAAUUUUGUUACAAGAAAAGUGACCAGAUCUAUAGCAAAGAUACAUCUUGGUUUACAAGACAUUCUUGAAUUAGGAAAUUUAGAUGCUAAACGAGAUUGGGGACAUGCAAAAGAUUAUGUUGAAGCAAUGUGGUUAAUGUUGCAACAACCAACAGCAGAUGAUUAUGUUAUAGCAACAGGAGAGACACAUAGUGUUAGAGAAUUUGUUGAAGCAGCAUUUCAAUAUGUAGGUCGUACUAUUAAGUGGGAAGGUGAAGGAAUAAAUGAAAUAGGACAGGAUGUACAAACAGGACAAGUAUUAGUUAGAGUGAAUCCUAAAUAUUUCCGUCCAACAGAAGUAGAUGUACUUUUGGGUGAUGCUACUAAAGCAAAAGAAAAAAUUGGUUGGAAACCUACUAUUACAUUUGAGAAUCUUGUAAAAGAUAUGAUGGAUUCUGAUUUAGAAUUAAUGAGGAAAAAUCCAAAUGCUUAAAAUCAUUUUUAAUAUCAAAAGUUAAUUAAUUAAUUUUAAAAAUACAUUCUAUGAUGUCUCUGUGAGACAAUAGUAUUUAAAAAAUUGAUUUGUUAGAUUAUAAAAAAAUUCGAAUAAUAAUUUAUAAUGUUAUAUAUUCUUAAAUCCGAUAUAAACAAGUUUUUUUUUAACUUCCUGAUAUAUCUAAAUGCUAAAAAAUAGUUUUAUUUAAUAUUUGAUCUAUAUGUAUUAAUAUUAAUGAUAUGUAAUAUAUGUGAAUAUUAAAUGUUAUUUACUUUUAUUAGAUAUAAUCUGCAUAUAUCAUAGAUAUAUGUUGUAAAAUCAUUUAUUAUUUUUUAUUUAUUGUUGCAUUUUAAAGAUGUAUGCAUUCUAAAAAUUAUAGUUAUGCAUUUUUAUUUGAAAAUAAUUUUAUUUGCUGAUAGAUGCACAAGAUUAUUAAAAUAAUUUAUAUAUAUAAUGUCUUCCUUGCAUACGUGUUAAUGUAUAAUUUUGUACAUAAUGUACCAUAUUUUAGAGUAAUCGUUAAGUAAUAUUUUUAAUCUUUGUAUACAAUAUCCAAUGUAUAAUUAAAAACAUAAACACAUUUUUAUAAUAAACAAUAUUCAUUUUAUAUUUUA